CUCCAGGAAGUUUUCAUUGUUGGGUCAGCACGUACACCUAUUGGAUCAUUCCGAUCUCAGCUAGCGUCUGUAUCUGCUCCUCAGUUAGGAAGUGUGGCUAUAAAAGCUGCCCUGGAGAGAAGUGGCCUAAAGCCAGAUAACGUCGGAGAGGUGUUUAUGGGCCAUGUAUGUCAAGCGAAUGUUGGACAAGCUCCCGCAAGGCAAGCAGCGCUUGGUGCAGGUCUAAAUGUUUCUACGAUUGUUACUACCGUAAAUAAAGUUUGUGCGUCAGGCUUAAAAGCAAUAAUGCUUGCUGCACAACAGGUCCAGACUGGCCAUCAAAACGUCGUCAUUGGCGGUGGCAUGGAGAGCAUGUCUCAGGUUCCUUUCUACAUGAAUCGAGGUGAUACCACAUACGGUGGUUUGCAGCUUUUUGAUGGAAUAGUGAAGGACGGGCUAACAGACGCUUAUGAUCAUUGUCAUAUGGGUAAUUGUGGAGAGAAAACAGCAAAGGAUUUGGCAAUUUCAAGAGAAGAACAAGAUGAGUACGCUAUUGGAAGUUAUACUAAAUCCGCUUCUGCGUGGAACACCGGAAUAAUGACAUCUGAGAUUGUACCCGUUACCGUAAAAACUCGGAAAGGUACAACGGUUGUUGAUACAGAUGAGGAGUUCAAAAAUUUUGAUCCAGAAAAAUUGAAGAAAUUGAAAGCUGUUUUCCAAAAAGCUUCGGCGGUGCUCUUAGCAAGUGCUGAUGCCUGUAAGCAGUAUGGUUGCAAGCCACAAGCUAAAAUCCUCACGUUUGCAGAUGCCGCUACUAAACCUCUUGAUUUUUCCCUUGCACCUGUUCUUGUUAUACCAAAGAUGCUGCAAAGCACCGGACUAAAGAUGACAGACAUUGAUCACUGGGAAGUUAAUGAGGCGUUUUCUGUCGUUGCUCUAGCUUUUAUCAAACAAAUUGGAUGUGAUGCAAGUAAAGUUAACCCUCACGGAGGGGCCGUGUCCAUCGGACAUCCUAUCGGAAUGUCUGGUGCUCGUCUCAUUACCCAUCUCGUUCACACCUUGAAGUCAGGGCAGAAGGGUUGUGCUGCUAUAUGCAACGGAGGGGGUGGUGCUACUCGAACACCCAUAGCUUCAUUUCGGGGUUCGUUUUCGUCGAUGAGUGCUGUUGAGCUGGCAUCUGUUGCAGCGCGAAGUGCUCUGGUUAGGUCAGGAAUUGAACCAAGUGAUAUAGAGGAGACGUUAGUUGGAUCAGCGCUUACUGCUAGCUGUGGGCAGAAUAUUGCUCGACAACUUGCUCUUUCCAUCGGGAUUCCUAAAUCCUCCCAAGCGGUUACAAUCAACAAGGUAUGCUCUUCGUCUAUGAAAGCGUUAGCUUUUGCUGCUCUGUCAAUUAAAAGUGGAUAUCGUAAAAAAGUGUUAGUCGCAGGAUGCGAAAAUAUGAGCCAGGUUCCUUUCUAUUUGUCACGUGGUGAAAUUCCUUACGGAGGAACAAACAUUGUUGAUGGUGUGGUAAGAGAUGGUUUGGAGGAUGCAAUGCUUAAAUCUCAUAUGGGCCUUUGCGCGGAGAAGUCUGUGAAGGAUUAUGGAAUUAGUCGAGAAGCACAAGACGGAUACGCUAUUCAGAGCUACAAACGGGCAGCUGCAGCCUGGAUGUUAAGUUUUUCCAGCAGUUUUUUCUCGUCUGACGGUGCUUUUGCUGAGGAAGUUGUUCCUGUAACGGUGGGAACGAAGAGAGGCGCAAUAGUUUUAGUUUCAGAAGACGAGGAAUACAAGAAACUAGUUGAAGCAAAAGUUCCAACUCUUAGUGCUGUGUUUGUGAAGGAUGGUUCAGGAACCAUCACAGCCGCAAACGCUUCCUCACUUAAUGACGGUGCCGCUGCGGCGGUAGUUGUUCGUGGUGAUCAAGUCCCUAAAGGGGUCACUCCUCUCGCUGAACUAGUAAGUUUUGCAGAAGAUGGUGGGGAACCGAUUGAUUUUACAAUAGCUCCUGUGUGGGCAACUAGAAAGCUUCUAAGGCAAGAAAAUCUUAGCGUUGCCGAUAUAGCCUUGUGGGAGGUAAAUGAGGCAUUCUCUGCCACAGUUCUAACGUUUAUCGAAGAGCUCAAGCUUGAUCCGGCAAUUGUGAAUGUGAAAGGAGGAGCCGUAGCCCUUGGUCAUCCGUUAGGAAUGUCUGGACUUCGUAUUGUAUUGUCGCUCGCAUAUUCACUCUUACCUGGAGAGUUGGGGAUAGCCGCUAUCUGUAAUGGCGGAGGAGAAGCAAUGGCAAUGUUGAUUCGAAAACCGCAAACAAAAGUAGAAGGGUAA